UGAGAAUGGGGCUCAAUGUUGACUGGCCAUCAGCAGUGACUGUCCAGACAUACGAUACUUCUGCACACAGUUUAUCACCUUCUGAGAAUACAUCGGUGACGGGAGGACAAAGAGAGGGUUUACCUGCAUAUUCAAUUUGGGAUGUUAGAACGGGAGAUGGGGAAACGUUCGUCCAUCCCUGGUGCAACUGUGGGAAACUCUGUCAAUGGGAUAUAUCGUCAAGCCCACACUCUCUAUUGGAUGAGAGGAGAUUAGGACCCGAAGGGAAAUAUUGGUGGUGGUCCGACUAUGGAAACAAAGUGAUUUUCGAAAAGCUGGACACUUUUAUGGACUAUGAUUAUCGAUUGU